GGUGCGGCUUCUAAAAACGUUCGUGUACAACAUACAAAACACAGAACUAUUUACUGUCGCACAUGAAAUUUAAAAACCCUAAUUUUCUAAAUUGUUUUUAUUUUUUGUUCUUAAAUGUUUGAACAUGGAACAGAAGUUAGCAGAGUUCAGAGCCCGAAGGAAAGUCGAGAAACCCGCAACGAAACCAGAGAACCGAGCUGAUAGUAACUGCUCCGAGACACACACCGCUCCGAGUGAAGUGACCGAGUCCACGGAGACACACACGGCUGUACACAAGGAGAACAGAGACUGGUUGCUGGACAGCGCUAUUGGCCGCUGGCUCGGUAUACAGCGUUUGGCUGUUACUAAUCUGACGGUGCUGAAGGUCUUACUGUGGCUUGUCUUACUGGGUCUCUUCUCCGAGCUAGAUUUUGGGCUGCCUUUCUUUCUCCUGUCACUGUUUUACUGGCUCUAUGAAGGUCUGCGAAGUCCAGUUGCGAGGAGGCCUGGUGAGAUGAGUGCCUAUUCGGUGUUUAACCCCAACUGUCAGCCCAUCCUGGGUACACUUACUGCAGAACAGCUGGAGGGAGAGAUGGGUUACAGACCAUUAAACAGAAGAGUCAAUACAUAACACACUACUGACAAACCCUUGGACUAUGGCUAAAGUGUGUUGUCAAAAACUGCUGGUCUAGCAUACCAAAAGUGGCAAAUAAAAUACUUAAUAUAUUUGAUUAAAAAAAAAGUAUAGACAUACCUGUUUUUCUUUCUUCCAAGUCAUAAUCAUGUUUUAUCAAUUUUAACUAAGUGGAAUUUCCAUAUAAGUUCCAAAUAGACAUUUUAGUGGCUGUACAGAAAAAGGUCAAAAUGUUAAAAAUAAAGAAACAAAAAAUCUGUAUACCUCACUGGGAAAAGUGCAUAUUUAAAGACAUGCAAUAGUUGCCUGUACAACAUACAAGUCACCCCAUUAUGUUCUUUUCAUUAGAUAAUGAGACAAAAACAAAACUAAGAAAAAAGAAAAAUCUCAAUGCAGCCAUUUAGUUUUAUCCUGUUUACUUUAAAAUGUUUAAAUGAAAACAUUGACAGUAUAUACCCAUUUAUUGUUAACUCAAUAAAGCUUAUAA